ACUUGGUCUCCUUCCUCCACCACUGAACUAACGCCUUCGCAACCGCGAUUUAUCCGUCGAAUAUGUACAAUGUAUGUGAGGCGUCCGGACAUAAGCCCCCAAUCUGUUUCCUGGCCGAUGCAAGGUGUGACACGGCGUACAAGCCUUGAGUUCGCGAUGUCAGAUUCUUGGCCAUACCACCCGAGAAGGAACUUUAAUGGAAGAUCCACAACUCAUUGUCCCAUUGACAUUGCGUUCGGCCCGUAUAUUAUGAUUGCAAGAGAACUGAGAGGAUCGAGGUGGAUCAUUCACUUCUUCAGUCAUUGAAGAAUGUCCGGGUAGGAAGCCGGUCUCCGCAUUUCGCACCCCGCAUCUUGCUGGAGGUGGCUUUUCAAGUCUACCGUGUUUUUCGCACUGAGUAUAAAGACUGCUUGUCGACAAAUUCCCAUGAUGAUCGGUUGCCAAGUCUUUCUUCCCCGUCGAUAUGUUUCCUACAUCAUUGGUGCUGCUUGUCUCGCACCUCGCGCUGACUGGAUUUGCUGCUGCAUCGUCUGGAUUUGAGAAAAGGUGUCUCGCAUUCGAGCCCGAAAGAUACAUCAAAGGCGCAACCCGCAAUGUUCUCCAACAUGUUCCGGCAGGAACUAAUUUAACGUUCCCGGACAACGACGCGACAUGUGGGCGUGCUAGCCAGAUUGUCUCAGUAGAUCUUUGUCGUAUGACACUAGAGAUCAAGACGACCAGAACUUCGAAGAUCUCUUUCGAAGCAUGGUUUCCGGAGGUCUGGUCUGGUCGAUUUCUGGCAACGGGGAACGGAGGCAUUGACGGCUGCAUCAAGUAUGAGGAUAUCGCAUAUGGAGCAUCAAGUGGUUUCGCUACCGUCGGCGCAAAUAAUGGCCACAAUGGUACUACAGGAGUCGCCUAUCUCAACAACCCCGAAAUGGUAGUCGAUUUUGCCUGGCGAUCACUUCAUAACAGUGUUGAAACUGGCAAGGCCUUGGCCAGAGAGUUUUACGGAAAGUGUCAUACCAAAUCUUACUACUUAGGUUGUUCUCUCGGUGGACGUCAAGGCGUCAAGAGCGCAGAGAAAUUUCCAAACGACUUUGAUGGCAUAGUUGCCGGCGCUCCAGGCGUCGAUUUCAACAACCUCAUCUCCUGGCGCGCACGUUUUUACACCAUCACCGGCCCCAUCAAAGGCUCAGACUUCAUCUCGAAGACAGCAUGGCAGACUUGGAUCCACGACGAGGUGUUACGCCAAUGCGAUACCAUCGACAAAGUCAAGGACGGCAUCAUCGAAGACCCAACCUUAUGCAAGUUCGAUCCCACUACCUUACUCUGCGGUCGCAACACCAAAAAUACAACAAACUGCCUAAACGCCAACCAAGUCCAGCAACUCCAAACCAUCUUCAGCGACUAUCGCUUUCCAAACGGCGAGCUAAUUUACCCCGCUAUGCAACCCGGCAGCGAAAUCAACGCUGUCGAUAAACUCUACGCUGGCGCACCCUUUGCGUACUCAGAUGACUGGUUCAAAUACGUCGUCUACAACGAUCCAACUUGGAACGCAUCGGAAUACGGCUAUGAUGAUGCACAAGCGGCACAGGAUCUCAAUCCAGGAGAUGUUCGCACCUAUCCUUCCUCACUACCUGGCUUCAAACAGAACGGCGGGAAACUGCUGAUGUACCAUGGCCAGCAAGACAACCAGAUCACGUCUUUCAACACGAACCGAUUCUACGAGCACCUUCGCGGUAACAACACGUACGCAGAGAUGGACGAAUGGACGCGUUUCUUCCGUAUCUCGGGUAUGUUCCAUUGCAGCACAGGGCCAGGGGCGUGGGUGUUGGGUCAGGGCGGGAAUGCGGCGCAGGCGGGUAUCCCGUUUGAUGCGCAACACAACGUUCUUGCGGCGAUGGUUGCAUGGGUAGAGAACGGUGUUGCGCCGGAGUUUAUCGAGGGCAUGAAGUUUGUGAAUGAUACUGUAAAGAGUGGAGUGGACUUUACGAGGAGGCAUUGCAAGUAUCCAACGAGGAACACGUUUGUCGGGGGCGAUUAUAAGAAGUCUGGUAGUUGGGAGUGUAGGUUAUAGAGCAGAACGUACUCUGAUUCUUUAGCAUCCAUGAAAAUUUGGCUCGUCCUGAAUUCAGAAUGCAAUCGAUACGCC